CAGGUUAUUACCGUAAUAGUUUUCAUCCAAUUUACGUGGACGCACAAAGAGUUGUCAUGGCAACCUGCAGACCACGAAGCUAUAGAAUCCAUUCAGAUUGACAGCGGCUCCAUAUGGACUCCGAGAAUCGUAACCUACAUCGCAGUGGAUGAAAAUCUGGAGCUCAAGUUUUCGGAGACUCUCAAAGUAUCACACACCGGAGAGGUUUCUUCUGAAAAGACUUACCCCAUCUCAUUUCGAUGCGAGAUCAACUUUGAACGAUAUCCCUUCGAUACACAGAUUUGUUCCCUUGGAUUCUAUCCAUCAUCCAGGCCGACUCCUCCUCUACACGUCAGUCCGAUGGAUUAUGAUUUGACUGACGUUUACAAGAUCAGCGGAGAGUGGACCCUCCAGAGUUUACAAUAUGAAAUCGUUACUAAGAAGAGUAUUCUUCCUCUGGCUAAUUUUCCGGUAUAUAGCUUCACUCUAACACGGCGGUCGACUUACUACGUCAUCACCAUCAUAUUCCCGAUGAUUCUGACGUCAGCUAUGAUUCAUCUUGUGUUUGUCAUACCGACGAAAACAGGGGAGAAAAUUUCUUAUCUGGUGGCCAUCUUCACAUCAACAGCCAUCUUCCUAAACUUCAUAUGGUAA